CCGCUUUCCACUCUGUCUCAACGGCUUUUGCGUCACCAGUUUCGGUGUGCGCUUCUCGUGAGGACCUUUGUCGAUGCAACACGACCCGGACGGGGGCGAGUCGCGGAUUUUUUGAAAUGCUCUCGUUGGUCAUCAAUUUUUUCAGAGCGACCGCGCGGAAAGAGGGAAGGACAGCGAACAGAAACUGCGGAGAUAGCAAGAGGAUAAGACUCACAUCUCUCAAGGCCCAAGAAAGUCGAGGCCUUGCGUCUUCGUCGUUUUUCUCGUUUCAACGAAGCUGCGUUCUUCUCUUCACUGCUUUCCUCACGCCGUCUUUGCGCGUUUUUCACUCGUCCGUCGUUGUGGUUUUUAUAUUCUUUUCCUCCCGUCUCUUCACGCGGCGUCAGGUGUAUCUGGACCUCACUAUUAACCAGCUCUCGAACGGUUUCUUGGUGCCCUUCUUCCUCGCCAGUUUCUUCUCUCAUAUCCUUUCCUUUCUUUCUGCUGCUCCCGUAUGUGCCCGCUCUAUCGACCCGCCUCCCCUCCAUGCGUCGAGUAGCUCUCCUCUUCUCUUGAGCUGCCUACAGACAAUCAUCUGCCGUUGCAGACAUCAGCAUGCAUAUAAAAAUACAUACAUGUGUAUGCAUGUGUAUGUGUGAACGUGUCGUCGGCAUAUGAGCGUGUUUCUCCGCCUCUGAGUGCAUUGACUAAGACGAAUACAGCAUACAGAUGCAUUCGUAGGUUUGUACAGAUUCGACUGAAUGCGUUGACAAUGUUGACGAAGAGUCGAGGGCCUCGCCCGAGUCCGGCCGGAGGGCCGUUGGGUCCGACGCCUCGGAUUCGGAGACAAGUUUUCGCUGCUUCUGACAAAGUCGAGCCAAAGGAAGAAUCCACUUCGCUCGGAGCUGUCUCGUCUGCGAGAGGACUGAAGAGAGAGAUUGAGAGAGGACCGCAGCGCCCCUCUGGCCGGCGUCUGGGUUUUGAGCCUCAGAGACAAGAAGCUUCAGGAUCGGCGAGUGCGUCUGCGUCAUCCCUCCCCUUCGAAGACCAAGUGAAGAACAUCAUCGCAUCUGGAUUAGCGCAGCCUCGAGACCGCCUGCGAAUGAGCGGCCUCAACCGCUCACGUCCUCUCCUCAUUGCGCGCAUUCCCGACACCCUCGCAGCUCUGCGGCAGCCCAUCUCCAUUCAACAAGAUGUCCCCGUACUGCCUGCGGGUGAAGAGAACAACGUCCUGCUCCGCCUGGAAGGGGAGAAGGCGGCCCCGUGGCGCGUGCGAGAUUCCUCAGAUUUGAAUCAAGAGGAGAGAGACGGCGAGGAGUCUGAGGCGCAUGCAUCUAAAAAGCAGAAAGUCUUCCUAUCGAAACCCAACGACGUCAACGCAGAUUGCUUCUUUCUGCUCGUCCAAGGCAAGGAAUUCGUGGAAGUGCUCCCGAUCAGUGGCUGGUUGAACUUCGACCGGAUGGUCCCGGCGAAAGGACAGGCGCCGACAGCCGAGGACGCAGAACACCAAAGUCGAGUGAAGGCCACCCGAGAUGCUGCGCUGGCUGCGCGGGUGGCGUUGCUGAGAAGAAGCGGCGCAGAGAGCGACGAAGAAGGCGAGAGAGUGGGGAAAGAGGCAGCGAAGGAAACGCGGAGAGAAGGAUCUGAUCGAGACGACGACGAACUCGGCCUACGAAGGCAAAAGCAGAAGCGUAUGAAGCAGCUGCUGCGGCAGAAGGCUGGACAGAAACAGAAACUGAACGAAUACAUUGAUUCGGCAUUGAGUGUGACGGCUGUCCGUCAGGCAGAAGUGGACUGGGAUUUCGAGGAGGUUCUGAGUGACGACGAAGAAGACGUCGCGGCAGAAGUAAAGAACCAAGGCGCAGAGGGAGAGGACGUUCUCGCUGGAGAGGCAGCCGAGGACUUGGUCUGCACAGACGACGACGAAGCAGGCGCCGCAGACGCAGACCUCACCAACUAUGGCCAGCAAAUGAAAACAUUGUUGGACAAGGCGAAGGACGACGAAGCAGACGAUGAACUCCACCAGUACGAAUCUGACGAGGGUGAAGAGAAUGAAGAAGAAGGUCAAGGCGGCAGUGCAUCUGGACAGACCUCUGGAGAAACGACGAAGAGUCCGGUCACUCCCGGCGCGCGACCGGCUCAGACGACUCGUCCAGCGCCUUCUGCAAAACUCGUCGCUGGCCAAGCGGAAAAGGGUGACGACGCGGACCUAAAGAGUCGUGUAAUUCGUAUCAUGCAGCAGCACAUGGGAAGAAUGACUGUGAAGCAUUUCAUGAACGCGUUCAAGGUGAAGGAGAAGAACGAGGAAUUCAAGAAGAUCCAGCAAGUCGUUCACAAGAUUUGCAAGAUGGAGACAACGGAAGACAAGCAGAAGUUCAUUAUUCUGAAGCCUGAAUAUCGCAUGUGAAGAAGAAAGCAUGGAUGCCACUCGCCUUCGGUCUCUGCUUGCUCACCUCCUUCCCCCUAUGUCGACUCUCUGGGCUAUCUUCACUUCUUUCACUUUCGAAGCCUUCUUUUUAUACGGUCGCUGUCCUCUCUGUUCCUUCGGCGACCAACAUGUACAAUGAGAAAACACAGAAGACCUGAGAGUACGUGUGGUGUUCCGCAGCCUUUCUGUCGAGGUGGAAAAACAUACGAGACAAAACUGCAGUGUCUUUUUUGGAGCAUAGAGACCCUUGCGCAUGCAAAAAGAAAAACACUUUUCCGGCGGGUCAUGUUGCUCUCAACUUUCGCCGCUGCCUCAGCAAGAAAACCAAAAAAGAGGAGAAAUCUUCACUCACUUCCGAUCCUCCUUCCCAGGCAUCUUCCGUUCUGUUCCCUGGUGCCUCAGUGCAUGUGCGACCGCGGCUGACCAUGUGGUCACUUGCGAUAGCGAUUGGCACAGCAUCCUCCACAGACCUUGUUGGUUUUUGUAUUCCUCUUCUUCCGUACACUUCUCGUCUGCCUCCACAGAACGAUAUUUCUAUGCAUAUAUAUAUACUUAUUUAUUUUUGCACAUGUUAAAAUCAAUGUGUGUUUGGGGUUUAGGGGGGAGGGGGAUGAGGUAGAUCGACGCAUGUUGGAAUUUGUGCGUUCAUACUUAGUCAUGGAUACGUCCAGAUAUGAUUUGAGGCUGGCGGAGUGUGUGCAAGUAAUUGGAACCGUUGUGUAAGGAAAGAUGUGUAGAAGAAUUCUCUCUUGUCUAUUUUUGUGCUCAAUAUCAAAAUAGUAGCAUUCACUGCACACGGCGUAGCGCGAACACUCGAAAAGCGGGGGCAUCAGAGAAGCAGUGAUCCUCGGAAGAAAUCCAGAGAGUGUCGAUUUCUGCACAGCAUGCAAAACGAGUAAAACGGCUGAAUCGAAGUCGAGAAAACGCAUCAAACAGUGAGUGAAAUCAGAGAGGACGCCGGUUACCAUCGGCGCACAGGCACUAGGGUGCCGUAUGUUGCUAGACAAGCGAGAAACCCAAAAGGACUCGAGAAGCACUGCAGUGGCGGCUUUCUUGGAAGCAGACAUCUUGUUCAACGAGGGUUACACCCUUUCAGCCGUCCGUACCGAGAGAAACGAAAUUUUUCUCGAUCGAGUGAUCUGUGGACCCCAGUUUUCCCAUGUAAAGUACAGUUGGUCGAGGGGAGCCCAGCGUGUAAUUGAAAAACCAACAGUUGCGGUCUAAG